AUGACGAGUGAUGAUAAUUUUUUCUUCAGCUAUCUAGCUUGGGUUCCCAACGAUGUGACUAAAUAUUCAAACGAACUGGCAAAUUCGAUUGAUAGCCACGUCGAACGCGCAGCACUCUCUAUUCGCGAAACUUUGUCCCAGCAGUCAUGGAUACCAGCAUCCAUCAGACCACCACCGCCUAACCCCAAGUUCUUCUCGGAUGCGUUCCUCCCACCAAGGUCCACUUUCGAGAAAUGUCAGGACUGGAUAGCAGCACACCGGGUAUUAGCUGUGUCGGCUCUGGCAUUUGUUGGAACGGGCAGUGUCUUAUUAUAUGGUCAGCGAAAGUUUCAUGUCAAGAGGAGAAGAGCACGACGUGCUGGUACUGGGGCUCGGAAAGAGAUUGUUGUCAUAUCUGGGUCGCCGCAUGAGCCCAUGGCAAGGUCGAUUGCUUGUGACCUUGAGCGACGAGGGUAUAUUGUCUUCAUUACUACAACUUCAACGGAGGAGCAGCAGAUUAUCGAGAGUGAAGGACGAGACGACAUACGAUCAUUAUGGUUUGACCUAUCACACACUCCAGCUACUCCAUCGGACAUACAUCCUUCCCUCUAUGUCAUUCAAUCAAUGAUCACAAACGCACAGGCACCGUCACCUGGAAUGCCACCUCAUACAUGUCAACUGAGUGCCGUUAUCCUUGUCCCCUCUUUAAACUACCCAACUGGUCCGGUUGCGGCCAUACCGGCAUCUAGCUGGGCUGACACAAUCAACACCCAUCUCCUAUACCCGAUUCUUACUACCCAAUUCCUCCUGCCCCUCCUUACACUAAAAUCAAAUACCCCUUCCAUCGUCUUCAUAUCUCCAGCCAUUCAAUCCGCUCUUUCUGCGCCAUUUGCCAGCCCCGAGGUUGCAACGACACACGCAAUAUCGGGUUUUGCUACAAGUUUACGCCAGGAGCUGAAUCUUCUAGUUUCAUCAAAUGGAAAUUCUAGUGGUGCUAUCGAUGUUAUCGAAGUAAAAAUUGGCAACUUGGAUCUUGGUCGCCAAUAUAGAAGUGGCCAAAGGCAUAAUAAUAAAGGGACAGAAGUCCUUGCAUGGCAACCUCAACAGCGUGCUCUUUACGGAUCCCCUUAUCUCUCAAGUAUUGAUUAUCGGCUGGGGGCUUCGGGUAAUAUAGCCCCAAACUCCAGUCCAGUGAGAGAACUGCAUUAUGCUAUAUUUGACGCAAUUGCUCCUUCAAAGAAGAAUUGGUUCGGAUGGCGCGAGAAGAAGCCUCGUACUGUUUACGUUGGCCGGGGCUCUAUUGCUUAUAGUAUCAUAUCUCAAAUCAUCCCUGGUGGCAUAGUUGGGUGGAUACUUGGUUUACAGCCCGGCCACCCUACUGCUUCGGCUGGCUCAACCUUCGAUGAAGGCAAUGCAAGUAGCAGUGAAACAGGCUGGGAAAGAGUCCCAGGAACUUGA